AUGCCACAAGCCCAGUCGACCGCAGCGGCCCCGUCCAGGCAGCGGCGGCAACAUAAGAGUGAAGGGCGGCCUAGACUCGAUGCGACCGCCGCUAAACUAUCCGAGGAUCGGCGAAUCCAAAUUCGACGUGCUCAGAGAACCUAUAGGUUGAAAAAAGAUGCUUGUAUUCAGAGCUCCCAACAACGCGUUUGUGAGCUGGAGCACAAGCUUACAGAAAUUGGUCAACUACUCCGAGAGCAUCGAGAUAGGUUACAAGCCACAUUACACGGCACACAUCCAGAGCUCCUUGGUGGAUGCGAGCGCAUAUUAGACCGUUUGAAAAUUAUACCGGGUGGGAACCAGGUCGACAUUUCAAACAGCGUUACCCGGAUAGCAAGCUCAAAGCAGUUGACAAAUUACUGCUCUAGUGCCGUCCCACAAAAUGAUCGGGCAUCCAAUUUUGCUGCCAGUGGCUACCAGGAUAUCCCUGACUUAGCCUUGAGCAAGUUUUCGGCAAUGAGAAAAUCUCCAAAUCUUUCUGGGGAUACAGAGGGGAUGAUGUUACCUGCCGGAAGCAACUCCAGGGAAAGUUGUUCGAAUACCGAACGAAAGAACCCAAUGUCAGAAACAGUCGACAGAUCUGUUGGGGCUCAAUUGAAUUAUACAUACUCCUUCUUGGAGACGUCUUUCGCACGCAGACUGAAACGAUUCAGUCUAGAAUACGCUUUUCAGAUUUUCGACGAUCCACACUCAGACCCGCAUGAGGUCUUUCGACUGUUCAGACUUGUUCCAUGUUUCCGCGAAAGGGCGAAAAUGUACCCCUAUUUCAAAGAGCUAGUGACAUCUAACCGUGGUCAUUCGCUGGAAAUCAGCAGCCUGCCAUUCUAUACCAUAGGUGGCGCCGGAACGCACUAUGCUGAUAUUGAUGAUGCCGGUAAUCCUAUGUAUCCCCCAAAUUCGAGGGUCCCGCGACGAAUACUGGGUAUCCUACCCAUGUCGAAGGAAGGGGAUCCCCAAAAUGAUAUCUCCCAGACCCAGCAAGCCCAACUUGAGCUCUGUGGAUUUGGUGGUGAUUGGUUCGAUUGCCGGGAUGUUGAAGGAUAUCUGAAAGCAAGAGGCGUGCAACUCGACGAGUCUACAAUCACCAUCGACCGAAUUCCCAACUUUUUUUCCAGGUCGUUGGUUGAAAUAACAACAUUGCCUGUGCCAUAUUCCAAGAUGUCGGAUCCAUUCAGCUUAAUGCAGACAACCAUGGGCAGUUACAAAUGUAUUGCGGUUGCAGUUAUCGUGGGUUACAUGGUUGUGGUAAAAUUCCGCCGUUACGAGCGCAUGGCCUCUAUCGAGGUCCCUUUCCUGCACGGCCGGAGAGAGUUGUCGACCAUGACAACAGACGAAGCACAUGGAAUUAUUUCUCAGUUGCAGGAGUUCGAGUUUCCAUACGCAUUCGGAAAAGCUCGAAAAAUCGCUUUGUUGAAGGCCGGGGCUAUUCCGACCAUGUCGAAGUUGUUCGCAGUAACUGGUCAAAACAACAAGCGGAACUCUGGAAAGCCGCAAUCCAAGGCCAGAGAUUCUGAUCGAUAUCAACGCGCUGUGGCGAGAAUGAACUACCUCCACGCUCGGUAUCGUAAAGCAGACAAAAUUACCGAUGACGAUCUUCUUCACACGCUUGGUGAUGGGCUCUUCGAGAUUGUCGAUGUGAUCAACAGAGAAGAAUGGCGAGCCCUUACCGAGGUUGAAUUGUGUGCGCUAGGUGUCUUCCACAAGAACCUAGGAGAAGACAUGGGGAUACCCUUCGACAAACUUGCUUCGAGUAAGGAGGGUUGGACCAACGGCUUGCAUUUUGCAAAUGAGCUGCAAGAGUGGACUUUGCGAUAUGAGCAGGAAGUCGCCAAGCCCACGGCGACAAAUGACCAAUACGUCCGAGUAUAUGUUGAUUCAGCGCUAUCAUCGCUUCCCGCUUUCGUUCGCAUCGCCGUUCGACAAAUGCUGGGAGCCAGCUUGGAUAAUGUUAUGAGGACAAGUCUGUGUCUGGAAUCCCCGGGUCUGAUCUACUCAACCUUGCUUAUUUCAAUCCGGGAAGCGCGGAAAAUAUUCCUGAGGCAUUUCUCGCUCCCACGAGCAGGCGCCCUGAAGCUUGUGAGUGAGCUCCCCAAUGCCGAAACAGGGCUUUAUAGUUUCAGAAGGAAAACGCUUCAGCCAUGGUACAUGGAGCCCAACUUCUGGUCCAGAUGGGGACCUGGGGCUCUGCUUGUCCGAGCCUUGGGCGGGAAGGUGCCUGGCGCGCGGGGAGAUCGUUAUCACCCACAAGGCUAUGACCUGAUGACCAUCGGACCGAGCCCUCAGAAGGAGAAGGGACAGACAGAAAUGAUGUCCGACAUUGAAGUCAUCAAAAGCAGGACUAUGGCAUCGUGUCCCUUUUCGCACGCAAAGAAUGGUGGUUUCAACACUGCCUAG